AUGGCGCAACACGUCAAUGGUAGCCGCGAGCAGCCAGCGCGCACGGCUGAUGAAACGACUGCUCUUCUAUCGCCCCGGCGCACCGAAUUGGAAGCUGAAUUGGAAGCCGAAGUUGACGCUGACGCUGAACAAGGGCCUUGCUGCUCGACCGACGAGCACCCUACGUUGCCUCACCAAUCACGACGACGAGCAUGGCCCUGGAUCCAUGUCGUCGCCGUCCUAGUCUGUCUCGCCUUCAUCGCCGACAUGGGCGAAACCCUCUUCACAGCGCCCAGGGUUCGCUUCUUGGAGUCGGUCGCCUGCUCCAGGUAUUACGCGCGUCAUGACCCGUCUCGCCUGGACCGUGGCGGCUCCGUGCCCGAGCACCUCUGCAAGAUUGACGCCGUUCAGACCGAAGUAGCCUCCGUUAUGGGCUGGCAGCUCUUCUUCGACAGCAUACCGGCCAUCUUGCUUCCGAUCCCGUAUGGAUACUUGGCCGACACUCGCGGAAGAAAGUGGAUUUUGAUCAUUGGCCUCACAGGCUACACACUGUCCUUGGCGUCCAUUCCAUACUUGAUAGGGGUGCUUGACCUGCCGCUUAGAUUCACCUGGUUCUCGUCCCUCUUCUUCCUUAUCGGUGGAGGGCCGACGGUGGCCACAACCAUGCUUACGACCAUGGUUGCCGAUAUCGUGCCAGCCAACCUUAGGAGUACCGUCUUCUUUUAUCGCUUCUGCUCGGAUCAGCUCGCCGACCUCGUAGUUCCGCCCAUUGCGCCCAUAUUGAUGGCCAAGGGAACAAUGCAUCCCCUUAUAGUCGCCGUCGGGCUGCAGUUGCUGGCUCUCGCACUGGCUCUCCCUCUACCCGAGACCCUCUCUUCCACCGAUCCGAAAACUUCUGAUGGCAUUUGCUCUGCGAGCCCUGUUCUAGGUGUCCCUCAAUCCUCUGCUGCAUGCAGACUAAGGCAGAACCUCGCUUCUUGGCUUCCACGCAUCAAAGAGUCAUUUGCGCAGGACUCUUGGUUUCACUGCGUGCUGGUGUAA